CCCUUCUGCGGGGACUUGGACUGCACCGACUGCGUGCUGGCCGAGAUCGGCGCUCUGGCCAAAAUACUGACAUGCCAGCCCCCCGCCUGCUGCGGGCCCGCUGCUCCCCCUCCUUCUCCUCCGCAGUCCUCGGUGAAGCCGGAGCUGAUCUGCGCCCCGGUGCUGCGGGACCUGCUGGGGGAGGCUAUCGAGUAUGACAAGAUCCUGAAGCUGACCUCAGAUGCAAAGGUAAUUGAAGUCAAGGAUGUGAAGCUGAUCAUCGCUCUUGGUUUUAUCCAUGGAUUUGUUUUUCUUGUUUUUAUCCUUGGAUUUAUCCUCUCCGGUGCAGCCAAGCAUGAUGUAGACAGCCUGUCUCUGCCAAGUGAGCUGCAGCAGCUGGGACUGCCCAACGCAGAGCAUGCCAGCGGGUUGUCUUCCUAUGAGAAGCAGAGCCCUCUCGAGGACAGGCUAUGGGCCUUCAGCCUGCGAUGUGAGGGGGGGUUGAGUCUUAAUAGGGGUGUGGGGGUCAGUGUUACUCCAGCUGAGCUGCAGGAGGUCAAUGAACCUGUGGUGCACCUGACCUUCAACAUGCGGGACAGAGAGUGGGAGAAGAUGAUAGCUGUCCCUGCGGCUCUUCGGCCAAGAAAGUUCCAGGUGCUGCUGGCAGAGUUGAAGCAGGCCCAGACCUUGACUGCUUCUCAGAGGAGACAGAAAAGGGCCACGGCAGGAGGCUGCGACACUGCGCUGGGGGCUGAGACUGAUGCUCUCGGCUGGGGAGGAGGAUGUUGCCAGCUAGUUUUCCGGGUGCCCUCGGGGCAGUUCCAGUUAAGUCGCGGUGACAAAGCUGAGCCGCGUUCCGCUGUGUCCCCGUGUUGUGCGACGUCCCGCGGCGGCCGGACUGCCUCGGCGAGACACCAGCCCCCGGUAUCACCGCGCAGCCAAUGGGGGCGGGCCGUGCCUAGCGGCGGUGGCUGCGGGCUCGGGCUGCGCUGUGCGGUCGCGGCCGUGCCCGAGCGCCCGGAGCUGCCCCUGGCCGGGCGCUUCAUCCGGGGGGUGCGGAGCUCCGGAGUUCGCGGGCGGCGUGGAACGCGCGGCGGCGGGCCGCGGCCCGGCGGUGCCCUUCUGCUCCGAUGCCUGCAGAAUCUCGGCCGGUGCCCGGAGCAAGGAGCUGCGGCUGACGCUGAGCGCGCUCCCCCAGCGCAGGACGUCGGGGUCGUUCCGGCGGUGCCCCGCCGGUGA